AUGGAUAGGAUACCUUUAUCUAAAAAGAUAAGGACUGACGCUUCGUCAAAUGGUCCAUCUCCGGAUAAGAAAAAGGGUGCAGACCAGGUGACGGGAGCCCCGAUCGGGAAUUACAGCUACCCAUUUGACUGGGAUUUCGUUAGAAUCGUCGCUGCAUUGUCGACUGAUCACUCUAGCGGGAGAAUAGUUCAGUGGAAAGACUCUCGGACUACGACCAGUGGCUCUCCUGUUCAGGCGCAAGUAGCGACCUCUCUUAAGCAGCUCAAUCAUCGGCUCAGUCAAGGAUCAAAGAACAAGGAGUUGGAGAGACUCUCAUUGAAUGGAUUCUUGAUCAACCUCUGCCCCCUAUAUUACAUAAACCAAACAAGAAAGAGGGGAAGGAGCCAAUCUCAGAAGAGAAAAAAUUCUAAAAUUAGUGCGCAAAAGACUACUACUUUGAAGAAAGGUUUUUCCAGAACAGGGGUCUUCAACUAA